UAUAAAGGGAUAGUCCUGUGGAUUCCUUGUAUUCGAUACAGAUUUCAAGUUCUGGUAAAAUUAGGUAAAUAUUUAAAACAUUCUGUAGUUCUCAUUGGUUCUGUGUUACACAUGGCAUGUUGACAGAAAUAGUUAGCAACGUACAAUAGGACAAUUUGAAUAAUCUUUCAUUACGUUUUAAAAUGUAUUUUGCUUAACUAAAGCGGAAAAAUAAAAUUGUUAGAUAUUUUCAUAAUUUAAGCCAUUCAAGUAAGUAAACUGAGGAAGCAGACUAAGAGUAUACAAUUUUUAAAAAAUGUAUGACUUUUAAAAUCAUUUGCGUUAAACUUCACCUCCGCAUGUGCUUUUAAUGCGUCAUAAUUUCUUUGGGUUUUUUCUGAAAUAGUUGAUGUAAUAAAUCUGCGGUUUAAUAGCGGGUGGGUCCUUAGAACAUUAAUAUAGUACAGGAUCGCGACAACAAUGUGCCGCAACGCUAGUACAGGGGCGCGACAACAAUGUGCCGCAACGCUAGUACAGGGGCGCGACAACAAUGUGCCGCAACGCGCCUUGGGGAGGUUGGGGUCAAGGGUGGGGGUGGAACUUAUUGGGAUUCUUAUAAAAUGUUUUACUUGAUUGUAGGGGUUAUCAAAUCUUCAACCCUAACCCCCAUUACUCGAUGUUACAAUUUAUAAAGGAUUUAUUCGAAAAAAAAAAUGUUUUUAAGUGUAGUAUAAUUGCUCCCUUGAUAUCGUUAUUUAUAUUUGUUAUAUUUAUUUUAAGUUUUCAAAUGAAGACGCAACUCACUUAGGAUUUCAAAAUGUGUAUUUUUCCCGCUUUACAUUUCAGAAAGGAAAUCAACAAUUUCUCGAGUCUCACAGAAUUCCAAGAUGAAAGCCGUAUAUAUGUCGCUGGCGGUGUUGGUUACAUUAGCCCUAACUGAGGGAUGUUACUACGACGGCGUUACAUAUUUGGUAGGUAAAUGUACACAGUCCACACUAUUCAUUUAGUUAAAUGUACACAGUCCACGCCAUUCAUUUAGGUAAAUGUACAAAAUGCACACCACUCAUUUAGGUAAAUGCACAUAAUCCACACCACUCAUUUAGGUAAAUGCACAUAAUCCAUACCACUCAUUUAGGUAAAUGUACACAAGCCACACCACUUAUUUAGGUAAAUGUACACAAUCUAUACCACGCACUUCCCAUGUUUUUGCUUUAAGUUUUUCCAAGGCCACCAUUUCUGUUGCAAGGAAGGCAGACGUGUCAUGGCAGGACAUGUGGCGGCUGUGUAAAAAAAAAUUAAAAAAAAUUAAAAGUACUCAACAACCAAUCUGCUAAAUCAUAGCUACAAAUCAGGAAAAGAGAUUGCAAGUUGUAAGAAAUUUUGUAUAUAACAAUCUACAGCACUACGUAACCUCUAUGCUAAGUCAGUAUCCAUAACUCAAGCGUAGAUUCCACCGUAAAAUCCCCCCUGCGACCCCCCCCCCACACACACACAUCGCUCACCCCAGCUUGAACGUAAAUUCACCCCUAAAUUUAACUAAGUCAGUAUCCAUAACCCAAGCGUAGAUUCCACCGUAAAAUCCCCCCUGCGACCCCCCCCCCCACACACACACAUCGCUCACCCCAGCUUGAACGUAAAUUCACCCCUAAAUUUAGACCUCUCUAAUGUAAGUGUGAAUCUUGAAACCUCAAAUCCAUGACCUUAACGGCUAACGUGAAACCUAUCAAAUCAACAUGAAGACGCGCCUUGUCGAUUAAGUAAAUGCUGCUUCAAUGUCUACACAGCUACCAGUGACAGAGCCGUGUUCAUAGACCAUGUGUUUACAGUCUACUUCAUUAGAGUUUCAGCGCUCACCUUGAUCUUAAAAAGCUCACUUUUAAUUUCAACGGACAAUUUGAUAUUCAAAGGUUACUUCGAUUUUCAGCCAGGUGACCAGUACAACAUGGAUCCAUGCACGUGGUGUACGUGUGGACAAGACAAUGUUCCAUUGUGCAUGGCGGCCUGGUGUCUUAUGCCGCAAUGUGAGGACCAUGUCACAGCAGUUAGAAGGGACGGAGAGUGUUGUCCUCGGUGCCCUGAAGGCAGGUCAGUUCCAAGUUAGAAUGGACGGAGAGUGUUGUCCUCGGUGCCCGGAAGGCAGGUCAAAUCCAAGUUAGAAAUGACGGAGAGUGUUGUCCUCGGUGCCCUGAAGGCAGGUAAGUUCAAUGAGAUGACAAUGUCCAGGAAAGUAGAAGGGACGGAGAGUGUUGUCCUCGGUGCCCUGAAGGCAGGUAAGUUCCAAGUUAGAAUGGAUGGAGAGUAUUGCCGUCAGUGCCCUGUAAGCAGGUAAGUUCCAAGUUUAAAUGGACGGCAAGUGUUUGUCCUCAGUGCCCUGUAGGCAAGUUAGUUCAAUGGGAUGGCAAUACCCGGAAGUUUGAACAGACGAGAAGUUCUGUUCUCGGUACUCGUUAGGCAGGCUUGUAGGAAGGCUUGUAGGCAGGCUUGUAGGCAGGCUUGUAGCAUCUCUUGUCAUAUCUAUACCUUAUUUGUAUCAUACUUUGUAUAUUCACAUGACAGUUUUUCCACAAUUUUCCCCAUCAAUAGACCAUAAACAUUUCUUUCAGACUGUUGACCAAAUGUUUUGUUUUUGGAACGAAAUUUUAUCCGAUCAGAAACAAGUAUGCUAGAAGUUAAAAAAACAACACACAGACACACAAAAAAAACGGUUCUUACAAAUCCAUGGACUUCAGACUGUCUCUAAUACUGGGCCUGGUUAGUGGCUUCUCAUACGGACAUCUUCAGUAUGGCUUCAACUUCACCCAAGAAUCAGAUUAAUUGACAGCAUCGUUUAAACAUUUUAAAUAUCUUGAUUUUAUUCUCUUAAUGUUAAGAUAAAGGAAUGUUGAGAAUGGAAUUGUUUCACUAGUUUACAUGAUAUUUUAACGUUCUCUUUAUUCAGGGAGAUGAAGCCGUAAUCCAAGGGAACCCUCCUAGCAAGGGGACAUUCCGAUCAACCUCAACAAGAAAGAAAGCCGCC